GACUCAGCAGACUUGCUCCGCACAGAAUGCUCUGGUAGGAGUGUAGGCAUAUUCAGAGAGAGAGUGUGGGAGCGAGAGAGAUAGAGACAGAGUGCAAGGGAAAGAGAGUGAGAGAGUGUUUUGACUUUGUCCCUAUUGGCUGCAUGGGGGAUCCAUGAUGACCACACUGCUUCCUAUUUUUUUGCAUCACAGCGGAUCGGGCAAUACCUCUUCACAUACUCGGCUCACAUACUGUGCCGCACACGCUCAGUGAGUGCUGCAGUGAGAAUGCACUUACUAUAGACAGAGAGCGAGCGAGCGAGGCAGGGAGAGAGCAUGGGAUAGGAAAGAGAGAGAGAGUGUUUAAAUGAAAUGAGAAUUAGAAAUGCAAAGGAGGGGAGGGAUGAAGAGGGUGAUGUGAGGCCAGUUGAUUGGCUGACGGCUAGAUCCAGUCAAAUCAUCAUCCCUCUGCACUUUUCCUUGCAUGCACGCUCUCUCUCUCUCUCUGUCACACACACACAAACACUCCUUUCCCGUGGAUUCUUACUGGAGUUAGAGGAAAGCACCAUGCAGUAAGUCCGUCUGUCGUAGCGUGACUGGAUGACCGACGGAUGCAGGAGAGAGCCUUCGUUGCAAGGGUGCUGGGCCAGAGGAAGGAGCACUCCUAUGCCAGAGCAUUAGGAUGGCCAGUGACAGCUCCACUAUUCCCAGCCCUGUGGUGCGCCAGAUUGACAAACAGUUCCUGAUCUGCAGCAUAUGUCUGGACCGCUACGAGAUCCCCAAGGUCCUGCCCUGCCUGCACACCUUCUGUGAGAGGUGCCUGCAGAACUACAUCCCUGUGCACAGCCUGACCCUGUCCUGCCCCGUGUGCCGGCAGACCUCCAUCCUUCCGGAGAAGGGUGUGUCGGCGCUGCAGGGCAACUUCUUCAUCACCAACCUGAUGGACGUGCUGCAGGGGCCCCGGGACGCCUGCAGCCCCGCGGCCCCCGCACCCCACCUCCGACCGGCCGUCGUGGGGGCCACAGGCCAGCUGCUGUCCUGCCCCAACCAUGGAGGAAAUAUGAUGGAGUUCUACUGCCCGUCGUGUGAGACGGCCAUGUGUGAGGAGUGCACCAGCGGGGGGCACGCCGAGCACCCCACCGUGCCCCUGAAGGACGUGGUGGAGCAGCACAAGGCCUCGCUGCAGGACCAGCUGGACUCCGUGAAGAAGAGCCUGCCAGAGAUCGACUCGGCCCUUCUGAUGCUGACUGAGAUCCUGCAGAAAUUGACCAAUCAGAAGAGCUCCAUCGAGGAUGACAUCCACAACACCUUUGACGACCUGCAAAAGACCCUCAACGUGCGCAAGAGUGUCCUCCUCAUGGAGCUGGAGGUGAACUUUGGUCUGAAGCACAAGGUUCUCCAGGCCCAGCUGGACACGCUGAUGCAGGGCCAAGAGGGCAUCCACAGCAGCUGCAGCUUCACCGAGCAGGCCCUGAGCCACGGCAGCGAGGCCGAGGUGCUGCUGGUCCACAAGCAGAUGAGCGAGCGCCUGGCCGGGCUGGCCCACCGGGAGCUGCCCCUGCGGCCCGCCGAGAACCACCAGCUGGACUUCCAGGCCGAGACGGACGGCCUGCGCAAGUCCAUCCACAACCUGGGCAGCAUCGCCACCACCAGCGCCGUGGCCUCCCACACGGUGGCCACGGGCGACGGGCUGCGGCAGUGCGCCGUGGGCGUGGCCACCUCCAUCACCGUGACAACCAAGGACAAGGACGGCGAGCUCUGCAAGACGGGCAACGCCGUCCUGGCCGCCGAUCUCGCGGGCGUGGCGGCGACGGUGGGUGACGGGCCGGAGGUGGGCGAGAUCGUGGACAAUAAGAACGGCACGUACGAGUAUUCGUACCGGGCGUCCAAGGAGGGCAGCCUGACGCUGUCGCUGCGACUGUACGACCAGCACAUCAAGGGGAGCCCCUUUAAGAUCAAGGCGGUGAAGGCCAUAGACAUCUCGCCCUCGUCGGAGGGGGCCAAGAGCAGGCUCAAGUCCCCCGGCAGCGGGCACGUCAAGCAGAAGGCCAUCAAGAGGCCGGCCAGCAUGUACAGCACGGGCAAGAGGAAAGAGAACCCCAUCGAGGACGACCUCAUCUACAGGAUCGGUACCAAAGGGAGGAACAAGGGGGAGUUCACUAAUCUACAGGGAGUCAGUGCCUCGUCGCAGGGGAAGGUGCUCAUCGCAGACAGCAACAACCAGUGUGUACAGAUCUUCUCUAACGACGGGCAGUUUAAGAGCCGCUUUGGCAUCCGGGGGCGGACCCCCGGCCAGAUGCAGAGGCCGACGGGCGUGGCCGUGCAUCCCAACGGAGACAUCAUCGUCGCUGACUACGACAACAAGUGGGUCAGCAUCUUCUCCAGCGAGGGGAAGUUUAAGACUAAGCUUGGCUCAGGGAAGCUGAUGGGUCCUAAGGGCGUGUCAGCAGACAGGAACGGACACAUCAUCGUGGUGGACAACAAGGCCUGCUGCGUAUUUAUCUUCCAGCCCACCGGAAAGCUGGUGACCAAGUUCGGCACCCGUGGCAACGGAGACAAACAAUUUGCAGGUCCCCACUUUGCUGCUGUCAACCACAACAAUGAAAUCAUUGUAACAGAUUUCCAUAACCACUCCGUGAAGGUGUUCAACUCGGAGGGAGAGUUCCUGCUGAAGUUCGGCUCUAACGGCGAGGGGAAUGGCCAGUUCAACGCCCCCACCGGUGUGGCGGUGGACGUUAACGGGAACAUCAUCGUGGCCGACUGGGGAAACAGCCGUAUACAGGUGUUUGACGGCAGCGGCUCCUUCCUCUCCUACAUCAACACGUCUGCGGACCCCCUGUACGGCCCCCAGGGCCUGGCCCUCACCUCCGACGGACACGUGGUGGUGGCCGACUCUGGGAACCACUGCUUCAAGGUGUACCGCUACCUGCAGUAG